CAGUCACGUGACUUAAACAAACCAAGAUGGCGGGUGAAUAGUUAUACUGUUGAAAUUGAGAAAAAGCCAUUCAAAUCAUAAUUUCUCUUUCUACGCAUCUGGGAAAGCUACACAGAUUCUAGCUGGUUGUCGCAGUUGCUUUACAGAAGAUGCAGGGGUUGAUGAUGCAGGUAGAUGGCCAGAGAUAUGGAACAUCUCACUACAACAGACCUGGGUCCAGAUCCAAGGACCAUGUCCAGGAAAAUGUCCGCCGCAUGCGGCAGAUACAGAGACGAAGUAAACAAAGGGAGCAGGAAUCGCAGCAGCCGGUCAAGGUCAUGUGGAAGUCAGCCAAGUUCUCAGAAGUACAGUCAAAGAUCAAGGAUGAUAUUGAGAGGCCUCCUUCAGCACCGAGACCACACUCAGCUAACUACCUCCGCGCCCACUCACGAGCAGGUCCCCCAGUGAAGCUUGAAUCUCGACCGUGUACGCCAGACCCAGCGGUCUCCGUCCCUCCUGCAGCAGAUGCCAAAAAUAUCGAGCUUAUCCGACGUGAUGUCGACUUCAUCAAACUAAAUGGGCGCUCAGUGAAACACACCAAGAUGCAGCGAGCUCCAAGUCUUACAGCAUUAGAUGACAUGAAGAAGAAAGACGAGGACACAUUGCAGAACUACCAGAGAGGAGAAGUGCCCAAAUAUUUACGGAGCCGCCAGGCCACGUGGAAGAGGGAGGAGGUGGAGCGUGUGGCCAACACUCCGGACCCUGCCAUGCCGCCGGGACACAAGAUGAUGCCCGAGGCAGAGAGGACAGAGACACUGGGACUGCUGAGGAAAAAACAAGACGAACUUACCCGCCAACUGCAGGCGCUACCCCUGAGGAACGACACCUUCAGAGUCCGGACGUGUAAGCAGGAACUAGAGAACAAAAUAGCUGAAGUGGAAGAAGCCAUUAAGAUAUUCUCCCGGCCUAAAGUCUUUGUCAAGGAUGAUUAAGAAUAUAUUAUUUCUUUGACUGACAUCCCCUGAAAGCAUUCCUUGGAAGAGCAGUGUCUGAUUAUUAGUGUUGAACACCAAGCUAUGGUGGUAUCUGGAGCAUGUCAAGUGUUGGGCCAAUAAAGUUGUAUACUGUACUAAGCUUUCAGUGGAUUCCUUAAGUUACAAAAUUUGAAUGUUAUCUUUUAAACACCAAUCAGUUGAAAAAUCCAACAAUAUGGUAUGUAUUUUCCAAGGAAAUUGAAGAAACGUUCCAAAAUGGUGCAAUCUUGAUGAUUUUGGUAAUAUGCAACACUGGAUAGUGAGUUGAGCCAGGGUUUUCACUACCCCGUUUAUAAAUCUGCCAACUUCUAAAAUCUUAAGUGUCACAUAACAUUUAUAUUUGGACAUAUACAGCUUUUGUCAAUGGCAUCAAUAUAAAAUACUAUGGUAAGGGAAGUAACUCUUUUGCUUUCCAAAAAACACCACUUUUAUUUCAUUACUCUUUGAACAUACUUAUAAAGAGAUGUAAAUUAAAAGAGUUUUUGGCCCUUGGAUAUUAAAAAUAAGUCAGCAGAAAGAAGGUUGUGUUAUGCACGUUGAGUCCAAAUCAUAAGCAUUUAGUUUAACAACUCCAUCUCUGAAUCCAUACUUUAAAAUUAAGCAUUGAGCUAUGUUUUAUCCCCCCCAAAGAGGAAGAGGGACAUUGGAAUGGGUGGUGUCCUUCCGUCCUUCACAUUUGUUUCUGAAAACCAUGAGAGAUACCUCAACCAAACUUGGCACAUUUAUAGGUCUAGUGGUGAACUACUGGUGCCUUUUGAUAGUUUGGGAUAUUUAAAAAAAAUAUGAGUUUCCAUGGCAACAAUUGUGAAAAUGUUGGUAGUGUUGGUUUCCUGAAAUCUUGACAACCAUACAAUAUUUCUUGCCUUGCACACAACUGGACGUGUCAUAUGAAUAUAUCAUGCUUCAUGGAUUUGCCCUUGAUAUUUGAUGUAGGUGAAGGCUGUGUUUGUGUUAAAGGGGAUGAAUAUGAUGAAGAAACGGCAUUGUCUAUUUUUGCUACCACUGUGUAUUCUAGAAAUCCAUAUUUAUUUUGUUGCUGUUCACAUCUAAAAUGUAGGUUGUUUCUUCUUUGUCUUGUACAUUUUCUCCACAAUGCUAAUUUUAUAUGUUACAAGGGUAACAUAUAUAGAUAUACAUGAUAUAGGCAAUGGUGUUUUUAAUGUUUUAGCAGAUGUUUGGUGCAGAUAUCUAUUGCAGCAGAUUAUCAGUAUUUUACUUAUGUCAUUUCAUAAUCGGUUUUAACAUUGUCUCAGAGAUGUGUAUUUACGAAGACUUCCAGGGACUUCAACUUCAGUUGAUAAUACCCUAUUUACCCAAAUCUCAUGAAGUAUGCUACUGUCAGCUGAUUGUUGAAAGUCGAGUAUGUAUUCCAUGUUAACUUGCAUGUUAUCUUCGAAUAAUGAUCACAUUACAUCAGUUUAAAUAUGAGUGUAAGAAAUAAAGAACUGGUAGAAGUGCCACAAAACCUCACUUACUCACCCCAAUACACUUGACCUUAUCUCUAACAUAUUGGAUUUGUUUAUUGUUUAUUGAGUUUUUAAUCAUUCUGUGAUAUUUGUUAAUAAUGUGACCAUUUGAAGUUUAGUUUUGUGUUCCACACCAGGUCCUGCCACACACUAACAUACCAUGCUUACCUAGCCAGUUGAUUUUAAACACAUUCAAACCUGUCACUACAGGGACACAGUGGCUAUCACUGUACACCCCUCCCAACUUGGAAACAUUUAUCUCACACUGUAUGUAGUGGUACCUGGUGACGGACUCCUUGAUCUAUAAGCAUGAUGUUGGUAACUUGUCACAUACAUUCAUGUUAAGUCACUCGAUGUAAAUAAACCCAUUUUCAUGUAGGAAUUGUAAAUAAACUGAGUGCUGGUACUCCA